GAUUUCAUUUUUCAUUUCAAAAUACACUUUGAUAUUACGAUUGCCGCUAAAAAAAUUAGUAUAUAUUUUGUAUGAAGUCAUUUAUGGCUACUGUAAAAACAGUAAUGUGGAUAUAGUUAAUAAAACUGAGGAUAGUAAAACUUAUAAAAAUAUAAUCGCCACCGGUUGGUAGUCUGUGGUAGAUUUGUAUGUUUGACCUUCUCAAGGUGACCGAUAUCGCAAACCGCAUUUGAUCAGUCAGGGUUGAUAGGGUCUAGCGGUUGCACGGGCUUUACCUGAUUUUCUCCGAGAAUAUUCAAAAUGAGCGUACAAUCCGAUUCGGAUAAGCGGAAACAAAUCUCUGUGCGAGGUAUUGUCGCAGUAGAAAAUGUUGCCGAAGUGAAGAAAGCAUUUAAUCGUCAUGUGCAUUAUACUCUUGUGAAGGACAGAAAUGUUGCGACUCCAAGGGACUACUACUUUGCCUUGGCCCAUACCGUGAGGGACCACCUUGUCUCACGCUGGAUUCGAACCCAACAAUACUACUAUGAAAAAGACCCCAAGCGUGUGUACUACCUCUCUCUGGAAUACUACAUGGGUAGAUCCCUGCAAAACACCAUGAUCAACCUGGGCAUUCAGGGAACUGUAGAUGAGGCUCUGUACCAGCUCGGUUUAGACAUUGAGGAACUCGAGGAGUUGGAGGAAGAUGCUGGUCUUGGUAAUGGAGGUCUAGGACGACUGGCAGCUUGCUUCCUGGAUUCCAUGGCCACUCUUGGGCUGGCCGCUUAUGGUUAUGGUAUCAGGUAUGAGUACGGUAUAUUCGCUCAGAAGAUAGAACACGGUGAACAACAGGAGGAGCCUGAUGACUGGCUGCGUUACGGCAACCCCUGGGAGAAGGCCCGCCCCGAGUUCAUGCUGCCCGUCAACUUCUACGGCCGUGUGGUCGACACGCCUGAUGGAAAGAAAUGGAUCGAUACCCAGGUCGUGUUUGCGAUGCCCUACGACAACCCGAUACCCGGCUACAACAAUAAUGUCGUCAACACGCUACGACUCUGGUCUGCCAAGAGCCCGGUCGACUUCAACCUGAAAUUCUUCAACUCUGGCGACUACAUCCAGGCUGUGCUCGAUCGUAAUGUCGCUGAGAACAUUUCCCGAGUACUGUACCCCAACGACAACUUCUUUGAAGGCAAAGAGUUGCGUUUACGUCAAGAGUACUUCAUGUGUGCUGCCACCCUACAAGAUAUUAUCAGGAGAUACAAAAAUUCCAAAUUCGGUAGCAGGGAGGCCGUCAGGACAACAUUCGAAAGUCUUCCUGAGAAAGUAGCCAUACAACUAAACGACACUCAUCCCGCGCUCGCUAUUCCUGAACUUCUUAGGAUUUUAGUCGACAUUGAGAAGGUGCCCUACGACAAGGCAUGGAAGCUGGUCACUCAGUGUUGCGCGUACACUAACCACACCGUUCUACCCGAAGCUCUAGAGAGAUGGCCCACCACAAUGUUGGAGAAUGUGUUGCCCAGACACAUGCAGUUGAUUUACCACAUUAACUUCUUGCAUCUCCAGGAAGUUGAGAAGCGCUGGCCUGGUGACAUGGACCGCUUACGUCGCAUGUCGCUCAUUGAGGAAGAGGGUGAGAAACGAGUGAACAUGGCUAAUUUGUGUGUCGUGGGUUCUCACGCCGUGAACGGUGUAGCGGCCAUUCACUCUGAGAUCCUGAAAGCGACUGUAUUCCGUGACUUCUUUGAAAUGUGGCCCGAAAAAUUCCAGAACAAGACUAAUGGUAUUACUCCCCGUCGUUGGUUGCUCCUUUGCAACCCGGGACUAUCUGAUCUCAUCUGUGACAAGAUUGGCGAGGACUGGACAGUUCACUUGGAGAAGCUGCAGCAGUUGAAACGCUGGUCCAGGGAUCCUGCCUUCCAACGAGCGGUCAUGAAGGUGAAGCAGGAGAACAAGUUGAAGCUUGCGUCUCUGAUUGAGAGGGAUACGGGAGUGAAGAUCAACCCGGCGUCGAUGUUCGACGUGCAGGUGAAGCGUAUCCACGAGUACAAGCGUCAGUUGCUGAACAUCCUGCACGUCAUCACGCUGUACAACCGCAUCAAGCGCGACCCGUCCGCGCCCGUCACUCCCCGCACUGUCAUGAUCGGAGGCAAGGCUGCUCCCGGCUACUAUGUCGCCAAGCAAAUGAUUGCCUUGGCUUGUGCUGUUGGUAACACUGUAAACAACGACCCUGACGUCGGAGACAAGUUGAAGUUGAUAUUCUUGGAGAACUACCGCGUCACGUUGGCUGAGCGCAUCAUGCCCGCUGCUGACCUCAGUGAACAGAUUUCGACGGCCGGUACCGAAGCGUCUGGUACUGGCAACAUGAAGUUCAUGUUGAACGGUGCCCUCACCAUCGGCACUAUGGACGGCGCCAACGUCGAGAUGGCCGAAGAAGCUGGAGAGAACAACUUCUUCAUUUUCGGCAUGAGGGUCGAUGACGUCGAAGCUUUGCAGAAGAAAGGUUACAACGCAUACGAAUACUACGAGCGCAAUCCGGAACUGCGGCAGUGCAUAGAGCAGAUCCGCAGCGGGUUCUUCUCCCCGGGCGAGCCAGGACGGUUCGCGCACAUCGCCGACGUAUUGCUUCACCACGACCGCUUCCUACACCUCGCUGACUACGACGCCUACAUCGAGGCACAGGAGAAAGUCUCCAGUGUUUACCAGAACCAGUCGAAGUGGGCUGAGAUGGUGAUUGAAAACAUCGCAUCUUCGGGCAAAUUCUCGUCUGACCGCACCAUCGCAGAGUAUGCACGGGAGAUUUGGGGCGUGGAGCCUUCCUGGGAAAAACUGCCAGCUCCCCACGAGACUAACUAAACCUUCCCACUGCCCCACUGCCGAACCAUGCCAACUCAAUAAAACUUAUUAAUACAACGGUAACACCAAUAUCUUGCGGACUAUAACAGUGCCGGAUUAGGCACGGACGGGGCCCCUAGCAGCUUCUAUUCAGGGGUCCGCGAUCUACAAAGUUUAGUUAAGGUGAAGUAUUGAUUCUAGAGCCCCCUUUUGCACUGGUUUCGUCCGGCACUGACUAAUAUUUUGAUUAAGUGUGUACUCAUUAAAAUUGUACAACAAUAGAAUUGCUAAAGCCUUCAAUGUUUACUAAUAGGUAUAUAUUUUUUAAAUUAAAUGAUCUUAGUAUGUGUAAUUUUCUGAUAUCUUGAUGUGAAGUAAUAAAACCAAGAAAUAAUUGAAAAAGUAGAUAGAUAUGUAUAUUUUUUAUUUAAUAUUUGUAUACAUAAUGUGAAACAUAUGUAUCGAGUCCUUUGCCAUAAUAUUUACAUAAGUAUAUAUUUUAUAAUUAUAAAUAAAAUCUAUUAUCUUAUUGUAGUGUUAAGUGUAAAAUUUUGAAAGCUACUAGACUAGAUGUUGAGAACAUGUGUAGAAAAUUUUAGAUAGUUAUAAUAUACAUAUUUUAUGGAAAUUAUGAGUAGAUUUUGAUGUUGAUGUUGAAGUAAUAAUAAACGCUUCUAGCCGCGACAAGAUAAUAAGCUCGUUACAUACUCUAGCUAAUACUAACGUUCCUGAAUAUGUACUUCACGUUUAGUCCUCACUGUUCAAUGUUAUGUCUUGUACUAGACAAUGUGAAGAAUUUAUUUUUAUGUGCCAUACAGUUUUCUAUUUGUAAAAUCUAUUAAACAGAGCAAUAAAAUAUAUACGAAUG